AUGGCCACACCUACGGAUACGGCUACUCCACCGGUCACACUACCGCCUGUACAGAAGCUUCAUCUCGAAGAGAAUCCCAUUCCUUCAAUCUAUAACCCACUGAGUGGGGUAACGCACAAAGAAGCCCAAAGAUUCCACGAGAAAUAUGGAUUACUAGUUGAGCAGGGUGUGUUCAUUCGCGGUGUCAUCGCACUUCGGUCCCAAAGUGACAUCACGAAUCUAUUCGAAGACGUUCGAGAUGCCCGUUCCAAGACACCCAAAGCACUGCACAGACCCAUCGAGUUGAGUAUCGGCGAGCAGAAGUAUACAAAACUUGAAACCCAGAUUUUGUACAAGGCUUUCCUGCCCCAGAGAGCUGCUAUCGAAGUCAUGAACAACUUGGGCAAGCCUACCACCGCAGGUCAAAGUUCCGGCUUCAGGAUACGGUCGAGACGGGCAGACAGCGAUCUCAAUGUCAGUCUUGGCCACAAUGACUGGCUGCUCGGAAUCACAAUCGGGGUACCAUUCUUCGCUGGUGCAAUACUAGGUCUCAUCAUCACCGAUCCAAUCACCAGAAUCCUGCGCUUCGGUCGUCGAGGUGCUAUAUGCGUCGCGGGUAUUUUCAGCUUUAUAUCGGUGAUAGGUUCUGCUUCGGUCCACAAAUGGGAGCAUCUUCUUGGGUUCCGGAUUCUUUUAGGUGCUGGCAUGGCAGGCAAGGCCUCAAUCGUGCCUAUUCUGCUUUCUGAAACCUCGCCCAAAAAUAUACGCGGCUUUCUGCUGGUUUUCUGGCAGCUUUUCGUGGCCUUUGGGCUAGCCGCCGGAUCGGUCGCAAACAUGGCCGUGUAUUCUCUCAAUGUGCAUUCGAGCUGGCGAUACAUGUUCAUCUCCGCCUUCAUCCCUGCAUUGAUACUACUUUCGUUGAUCCUUUUCUCUCCUGAAUCCCCUCGAUGGCUGUUGAAGGAAAGCGGCGCCAUCGGAAAACUUUCGAAGAACGGCAAACACUCGAAAAAAGGCAAACUUUCGAAGAACGAUUCUCGCAGGGGAGAGCUCAUUAGGGAAGCCUACAAUUCCCUUGUCGAUCUGCGAGGCGAGGUGGUUCCCAUACUUGCCGCUGGCGAACUGUUCUUAAUGCACACGCGUCUGAUAGAUGAGCAGCGCCGGCUGAAGGCAGCAUUAGUUGGUAAGCCCUACACGACCAGUGAGGUCGAUAGGACCGCACAUGCAAGUCUUCGCGUUGGCGAUACUUCUCAUUCGAAAGCACCAAAGAACCCCUUCCAUGCCGUCAUCAAGCACAUCAGCUGGCGAGAAAGAAUUACGUUGAUCUUCUUUCGCUCAGGGUAUACAAAUAGAGCGCACCGAGCUGCCGCCGCUGUCAUGGUCUCGCAACAACUUUGCGGUAUCAACCUGAUAGCUUUCAUGGCCGAUUCCUUUUUCCGAUACUCCUUCUUCAAGGGCGACAUUCACACGAACCCAGACCAAAACAUGCAGCUACUGGGCGCCUCCCUUGGGUUGAUGUUCCUCAACUUCAUAGCUACAAUCCCUGCCCUGUUCUUCAUCGACAGGUCCGGUGGACGCAGGCGAGUGCUGAACUGGUCAUUUCCAGUCAUGGCCAUCUCAUUGCUAGGCUCUGCUUUAGUUUUGAAGGCUGAAGAUCGGAUUGGAGCCAUUGCUGGACACUACAUUUUCUUGAUCGUGUUCAUGAUCGCAUAUUCCAUCGGUGAAGGUCCAGCAGCUUUCGUCAUCUCAGCAGAAGUCUUUCCCCUCGUCAACAGAGAACUCGGCAUGAGCCUCGCAGUGUGUUGGAACUUCCUGGGGGCUGGACUUCUCGCCGUCUUAACCCCAUGGCUGCUGAAAAGGCUCGAUCAAUUCGGCGUACUCUUAUUGUUUGCAGGCACGAACGUUAUCGCAUGGUUCCUUUGUUACUGGCUUGUGCCCAGUACCGGCCAGGAGAGUCUAGAAGAAGUUUUCGACCAGCUCGAUAUCACUACCUGGUUUAUGUUCAAGUAUACUUUAAGGACAAUAUCGCACGCACUCACUGCGCCGGUAGAGUGGUGCUCGCGACCGUGCUCCAAGCCUCUGAAAGAUUGUGGCUACCCAAAGAAACUCGGCUCGCCAAGGCAGGAGUGGAACGAGCGAGCAAAACGAUCGGCAGACACUCUUGCUGAUCUUACGGGCUCUCCAGAGACAAGCGCAGAUGAGAUGGAUCAGGUGGAUCAGACGUCAAGUAACACAGAAACCAAUGCUGGGAUUGAACUUCUUCCUAUGCCAACGAUCCCCCCAAGAUGA